AUGAUAAAAAGUACGGACAAAUCAAACUCUAAUGUGUUGGAAGAUUUGAAGAAGAGCAUUGAUCCAGCUAAGUCAAAUAUCUGUGUGAACUCUGUGAGGAGGGUGAAUAAUGGCAUCAUUCUUAGCUGCGAAAAUGAAGCAUCAAUGUCCAAGCUGAUGGCGAGUAUACAGGGAGAACUCGGUGCGAACUUCACUGUCAAUGAGAUCAAGAAAUAUCGCCCACGCAUUGUAGAUUGCGCCUACACAAAAUCUGAGGGAUUAAUCGAUAAGAUCUUGUCCCAGAAUGAAUUUGGUAUUUUCAGUAGUGAUGAUAUAAAAACUGUAACCACUUUUAGAUGUUCCGAAUCUACUUUAAAUGUUGUCAUUGAGGUUAGCCCAAAAUUUAGAAAAACGUUGCUAGAUAGAGGUCAUAUAUACAUGGGUUGGCAAAGAUGUCCUGUGCGGGAUUAUGUACGAAUUAUACGCUGCUAUAAAUGUUCAGAUUUUGGUCACAUGGAAAAAAUUGUAUACAUUCUAAAGUAUCAUGUCAUUUAUGUGCUGAAGAUCAUUUGGAAAAAAAUUGUAAAUCUGCUUUUAAGAAUUGUUCAAACUGUAUGA